CCUGUAUAUAUGUGUAUAUGUGUAUCGGUGGGUAACUGUGUAGGACGAGCGAUACCUAUGAUUCAAAGGACUUCUCUCUGAACGCCAAUCCCACCGAAGCGGCCCUUUCAGCUGCUGUCACGACCAUGACCGAUACCCUGAUGGCCUAUGGUGCCAAUCCAGGAGCCAAGGGCAUUAUCACGCUCGAGCAUGAUCUGUAUCCAGUUACGGUCGAGUUUGCGAAGCGUCUAAUCCCUGUUGGUGCGCAUGCCAAGCUGAAGGUCACGUCCGUGGCCGAGUGCCUCAACGAUGCCAGCCCAUACCAAAAUAGUGCCUCGCUCCCUCCAACAACCGGCAAGCCCGAUGUACCCAGCGGGAGCAACAAGAUUGAUGAGUCGCAGACUGGCCCUAAAGUAACCUCCAACGCAGCCUCUAGUGUCGUGGUGGGCAGCGCAACUCUUCUGGCUGUAGUAGCGUUUAUUGGCGCUGUGUUUGUUGCCUAAGAG